UAUUUUGACACAUUUUUAACUGUUUACCCCAUGAAAUCCAGAACCCCUCCCAUCAUCCAAAGCUUUUCAAAAAGACUCACUAAAUUGAAGAAUCCUCUGAAAUCGCCAAGCCAGAGAAAAUUGAAAAGGAACAGGCUGGACCAUGAUAACAGUAACCUCACAACAACUGAUGGAAAUUUCGAAGAUUUGAGAAACAAGACUCCAAAACAUGUUGUGCAGAAGAAGAAAUGGUCCACCAAAGACAUUUUACUGCACAAGAAUCGUCAUAGCAGAAGUAAAAAUAGGUUUGAGAGAAGCUUCGAGAGGUUAUUAAGAUGCGACCAUGUUUCAGCACUUAAUAAGUUUGGACUACGUCUGAACGCUUAUGAUAGUGUCUCUGAUUGUUAUGGAAACCCUUCAGAUGGUUCUCUACCUCAAAUUUCUCACCUUAAAUUUUCAAAAUCUGGAAUUCUGGCCUCUCUGAAAAGAUUUAAGGAAUCUGAGAGAUCAAGUACCUAUUUAAAAAUGCCUAAAAGAAAGCUGUAUACUCAGUCAAACUUAUCAAAUUCAUCUCUCAAGAAGACCCUCCAACACUCUUUAAACCUCAGCAGCCAAAAUUUCAGGAGCAAGUCCUUAACAAGAAUCGCGAAGUACUUAACUAGCUCCAGUAACAAUAAAGAAGAGUGCGAAAAAGAUAACAAAUCUCCAAAAACUCUAACUCUAAGCUCUAAAACAUGUCAAAAAGUAAAGUAUGAGCCAAAUCUGAGGCUCAGAGAGCCUCAGAUUGGCUUAAAUUCCUCUUCCGGCGACUUUUAACUUAGUUUUG